CGAUUUAAUGUGUAAUCUGUAAAUAUUAAACACAAAUACAACACAUUAAACUCAAAAAACUACUUUGCAAAUAUAAAACGCAGCUGCAAACAAAGACCAUAAAUGAUACAAAUCUGAACACAUUUAUAUCAAUUAUAAACAAAGGAAACAGAUCAUUUGAUUUCAUGCUCGCAGAUUUGUAUUUCACGCACACCGAGUCUUUCUUUGUAUUUCGUGUGUAUAUUGCAGAUCUGUUUAAUAUGUGUGGAAGUGUCUCAUAUUCACAGAUUAAACACACACACAGAUAUUUCUGAGACAAAUGUGUGUCCACAGACCGGAGACUGUAAUUUAUUGAACUUAAAAAGACAGCUGUGUUGUCCUCUGCAGAGACCUCUGUUGGAAACGAUCAUUACAAAGAUUAAAUAAUUCACGUUUUCAUCGAGAUAAACAUAGGCUAAAAAAACCGCUGACACUAAAACUUUAUUUUGAAAAUUCCAACAGGAAGUGUCGGUGGUAAUUCUUUCCGCUCUGCCGCUGUCAGUGAUCCCCGGGAUUCCCGUUAAUAUCCCGACUUUCCUUCAUAUUCGUGCGUUUUCUGGGCUGUUUCUGAGCCGGGGUGCCGCUGUGGGUCUCUGCCGGGUUGAAGCGUCUCUCGGCCGGCCUGCAGGAGCAGGUGCAGCCGGUGUCGGUGGUGUGGAUGUUGCGGACUGACGGUGAUAAAUCGGCGCUGUAAUCUCCGGAUUUUAACUGGAAACAGCGAACAGACGGCGAAGAGUCAGCGAAGGGAUUUUCUAUCAUAUCCGCCUUCAGACGCUCCGUUUGUGGAGUCCGUUAAAUGAAGUGACGGUUAAUUUGUCCCCGGUGCGACCGGAACAUCGGUCAGAAGGACGGACAGUGUAGUCCUCAUGGUCCCGCUGAAGGCUGGGUCGAUAUCCUGACAUGCGCUCCCAACACGGUUUCUAUUUCUUUCCCACAGUGACCUUCUCAGCAAACACCAACACCUUCCUGUACCUUCAGAGAACAUCCUGGGAAUGUUCCGGUUUGGGUCAUUAGUUGGAGCAACGUUCCCAAAAGGUUGGAAUUAUGGGAAGUGCAGUUGGAUGUCGGACUCCAGUGAUGGACUACAGCUCCCAGCAGCCUUAGGACCAGCAGCAGACUCUGAUGCACACGCGUGUUUUUGUGUUCGUCCAGAGAUUCUUCACAGCAGAUGCUUCGGACCUACUCACAGCUCGUCAGACUUCCUGGUUUCUUCGUAUUUUUAACUUGAUGUUGAGUUUUCAGUUUUAAGCCAACAUGUCAGAUAAGACGGCGCCGCGCUGCCAGCUGAGGCUGGAGUGGAUCCACGGAUACAGAGGUCACCAGUGUCGAAACAACCUCUACUACACCGCAGGGAAAGAGGUGGUGUACUUCGUGGCCGGGGUGGGCGUGGUCUACAACACCCGAGAGCACACCCAGAAGUUCUACCUGGGGCACAACGAUGACAUCAUCAGUCUGGCGAUCCACCCAGAUAAGAUCCAGGUGGCGACGGGUCAGGUGGGCAAAGACCCGUUCAUCUGUAUCUGGGACACGUACGCCAUGCAGACCGUGUCCAUCCUGAGGGACAUCCACACACAUGGAGUGGCCUGUUUGGCCUUCGACUCUGACGGACAGCGGCUGGUGUCGGUCGGUCUGGACGCCAAGAACACGCUGUGUGUUUGGGACUGGAGGAGAGGACGAGUCCUCGCCACGGCAACCGGACACUCAGACAGAAUCUUUGACGUGGCCUGGGAUCCGUUUCAGUCCAGCCGUCUGGUCAGCUGUGGAGUCAAACACAUCAAGUUCUGGACGCUGUGUGGGAAUGCUCUGACCCCGAAGCGAGGGAUCUUUGGGAAGACGGGCGACCUGCAGACCAUCCUGUGUGUUUCUGCAGCCAAAGAUGAGCUGACCUACUCUGGAGCUCUGAACGGAGACGUUUAUGUGUGGAGAGGAAUCACUCUGAUCCGGACCGUACAGGCUGCACACGGGGCGGGGAUCUUCAGCAUGCACGCCUGUGAGGAGGGAUUCGCCACGGGAGGACGAGAUGGCUGCAUCAGACUGUGGGACGUCGACUUCAAACCCAUCACAAAGAUCGACCUGAGGGAGGCGGAGCAGGGAUACAAAGGUCUGUCGAUCCGCAGCGUUUGCUGGAAGGCAGACCGUAUCCUAGCGGGUACGCAGGACAGCGAGAUCUUCGAGGUCAUGGUCCGAGACCGGGACAAACCUGUUCUGCUGAUGCAGGGUCACAGCGAGGGCGAGCUGUGGGCGCUCGACCUGCACCCCAAACAACCGGUCGCUGUCACCGGGAGCGAUGACCGCUCUGUCAGGCUGUGGAGUCUUCCUGACCACACUCUGUUGGCUCGCUGUAACAUGGAGGAAUCCGUCCGAAGUGUCUCCUUCAACAACGACGGCUCUCAGCUUGCUCUGGGCAUGAAGGAUGGAUCCUUCACCGUGCUGCGUGUCAGGGACAUGACGGAAGUCGUGCACAUCAAGGACAGGAAGGAGGUAAUCCAUGAGCUAAAGUUUUCGCCGGAUGGUUCCUUCCUGGCGGUGGGAUCAAACGACGGGCUGGUGGAUGUAUAUGCUGUCGCCCAGCGUUACAAGAAGGUGGGCGAGUGCAGCCGCUCCGCCUCCUUCAUCACGCACCUGGACUGGUCGGUCGACAGCCGCUUCCUGCAGACCAAUGAUGGCGCCGGAGAGCGGCUCUUCUACAGGAUGCCAGCAGGGAAGCAGGUUCCAAAAGAGGAGGCAAAGGGGAUCCACUGGAUGACGUGGACAGGAGUCAUUGGGCCGGAGGUGAACGGCAUCUGGCCCAAAUACUCCAACAUCACCAACGUGAACUCUGUGGACGCCAACUACAGCAGCGCCGUGCUGGUGACCGGAGACGACCUCGGCCUCGUCAAACUCUUUAGGUUCCCCUGCCUCAAGAAAGGCGCCAAAUUCAAGAAGUACAUCGGUCACUCUGCCCAUGUGACAAAUGUUCGCUGGUCCAACGACCUGCAGUGGGUCGUCAGCACUGGUGGCGCCGACCACGCUGUUUUCCAGUGGAGAUUCCUGCCCGAAGGCGUCAUGAACGGCGUCCUGGAGCCCCUCCUCCAAGAGGGUUAUGCCGACUCCAAUAGUGGGGAGUCGGACUCGGACGUGUCCGACGUCCCGGAGCUCGACUCGGACAUCGAACAGGAAGCUCAGACCAGCUACGAACGCCAGGUCUGUCUGUCUGUCUCUCACCUGUCCCUGUCUGUCUAUCUAUCUGUCUGUCUGUCUCUCACCUCUGACCUUUAUUGUGGCGGUGUAACUUCCUGUCACCUGUGCAGGUAUCGGGGCUUCGACUGUCGUAACAACUUAUUCUACAGUCAGACUGGGGAGGUGGUGUACCACGUGGCUGCCGUCGCCGUUGUCUACAACCGUCUGCAGCACAGUCAGAGGUUUUAUCUCGGCCAUGACGACGACAUCCUCAGCCUCACCGUCCACCCGCUCAAAGACUAUGUGGCCUCAGCUCAGGUGGGCAGAGACCCGGCCGUCCACGUCUGGGACAUCCAGACUCUGAAGUGUCUGUCUCUACUAAAGGGACACCACAGCAGAGGAGUGUGUGCUCUGGAGUUCACAGUGGACGGAAAGAGUUUGGUCUCAGUGGGAAUCGAUGAAUUUCACUCCAUCGUCAUCUGGGACUGGAAAAAAGGAGAGAGACUGGCCAAGGCCAGGGGUCAUAAAGAGAAGAUCUUCGUGGUGAGGAGUAACCCGUUCAGGACGGACAAACUGGUGACUGUCGGCAUCAAACACAUCAAGUUCUGGCAACAUUCAGGUGGCGGUCUAACGUUCAAACGGGGGAUUUUCGGUAACCUGGGGAAACAGGAGACGAUGAUGUCGGCGUGUUACGGUCGAUCAGAGGACCUGGUCUUCUCUGGAGCCACCAAUGGAGAUGUUUACAUCUGGAGAGACACGACGCUCAUCAAGACCAUCAAGGCCCACGACGGCCCUGUGUUCGCCAUGUGCUCCCUGGACAAGGGUUUCGUGACGGGGGGGAAGGACGGCAUCGUGGAGCUGUGGGACGACAUGUUUGAGAGAUGUUUGAAGACGUACGCCAUCAAGAGAGCCGCUCUGUCUCCGUCGUCCAAAGGUCUGCUGCUGGAGGACAACCCGUCCAUCAGAGCCAUCACUCUGGGUCACGGUCACAUCCUGCUGGGGACAAAGAACGGAGAAGUCCUGGAGAUCGAUAAGAGCGGCCCCAUGACGCUUCUGGUUCAGGGUCACAUGGAAGGGGAGGUUUGGGGUUUGGCGGCUCACCCUCUACUUCCUGUCUGCGCUACCGUCAGCGAUGACAAAACUCUGAGGAUCUGGGAGCUGUCGGCCAAUCACCGCAUGGUCGCCGUCCGCAAACUCAAGAAGGGUGGGCGGUGCUGUGCCUUCUCACCUGACGGUAAAGCUCUGGCGGUCGGUCUGAACGACGGCAGCUUCCUGGUGGUGAACGCCGACACGCUGGAGGACAUGGUGACCUUUCACCACCGCAGGGAGCUCAUCUCGGACAUCCGCUUCUCCCAAGACGCGGGGAAGUACCUGGCUGUGGCGUCCCACGAUUCCUUUGUGGACAUCUACAACGUCCUGACCAGUAAGAGAGUCGGCAUCUGUAAAGGAGCUGGCAGCUACAUCACACACAUCGACUGGGACUCCAGAGGUAAACUGCUGCAGGUGAACACUGGAGCUAAAGAGCAGCUGUUCUUUGAGGCUCCGCGAGGACGCAAACAGAACAUCAGUGUGGCCGAGUUUGAGAAGCUGGAUUGGGCGAGCUGGACGUCUGUUCUGGGUCCCACCUGUGAGGGAAUAUGGCCGACGCUCAGCUUCGUUAACGCCGCCUCGCUCACCAAAGAUCGCAAACUGCUCGCCACUGGAGACGACUUCGGCUUCCUCAAACUGUUCAGCUUCCCAUCCAGGGGCCAGUUUGCCAAGUUUAAGAAGUACGUUGGUCACAGCACCAACGUGACAAACGUCCGCUGGUCCAAUGACGACUCCAUGCUGCUGUCAGUGGGCGGGGCCGACACCGCGCUGAUGAUCUGGACCAGAGAGCCACCGGGUCACAAAGAGAGUAGAGCUGUGGACAGCGAGGAGUCAGACGACGACACGGAGGAGGACGGAGGGUACGACAGCGACGUGGCACGGGAGAAGGUGGUGGACUACAUCACCAAGAUCUACUCUGCCAGCAUCAGGAACAUGACAGGAACCAGACCUCACCUGCAGCACAAAGAGCUUCCUGUGGAGGAGAGGCCUCCGGUAAGUCGAGCUGCACCGCUGCCCGACAAACUGCUGAAGAACAACGUGACCAAGAAGAAGAAGGUGGUGGAGGAGCUGGUGCUGGAGCACGUCUUUGGCUACAGAGGCUUCGACUGUCGCAACAACCUGCAUUACCUCAACGACGGUGCUGACAUCAUCUUCCACACUGCUGCCGCCGUGGUCAUCCAGAACCUAUCCGCCGGAACCCAGAGUUUCUACCUGGAACACACUGACGACAUCCUCUGUCUGACUGUCAACCAACACCCAAAAUACCAAAACAUCAUCGCUACGGGACAAAUCGGUGACAUCACUGACCUGCCAGGCCUUGCUCCAUCCAUCCAUGUGUGGGAUGCCAUGACCAAGCAGACGUUGUCUAUCCUCCGCUGUUCCCACGCUAAAGGUGUCGGCUACGUCAACUUCAGCGCCACAGGGAAGCUGCUGCUGUCUGUGGGAGUUGAACCUGAACACAUCAUCACUGUGUGGAGGUGGCAGGAAGGCACCAAGGUGACCUGUAAAGGAGGCCACGCUGAGCGGAUCUUUGUGGUGGAGUUCAGACCAGACUCCGACACCCAGUUUGUGUCGGUGGGAAUCAAACACAUCAAGUUCUGGACUCUGGUCGGAGGUUCGCUCGUCUACAAGAAAGGAGUGAUCGGCUCGGUGGAGGACGGCCGUAUGCAGACCAUGUUGUCUGUCGCGUUUGGUGCUAACAACCUGACGUUCACUGGUGCUAUUAACGGAGACGUGUACGUAUGGAGGGAGCACUUCCUGGUGCGAGUGGUGGCGAAGGCGCACAGUGGUCCGGUCUUUACCAUGUACACCACCCUGAGGGAUGGACUCAUCGUCACCGGGGGGAAGGAACGGCCGACUAAAGAAGGCGGCGCUGUGAAACUUUGGGAUCAGGAGAUGAAGCGCUGUAGAGCGUUUCAGCUGGAGACCGGCCAGCCGGUGGAGAACGUCCGAUCCGUCUGCAGAGGGAAGGGUAAAAUCCUGGUGGGAACCAAAGAUGGAGAGAUCAUAGAGGUUGGAGAAAAGAACGCUGCCUCCAACACCAUGAUCAACGGACACACUCAGGGAGGAAUCUGGGGUUUAGCAACUCACCCUUUCAAAGACGUCUUCAUCUCCGCCAGCGAUGACGGGACCAUCCGAAUAUGGGACCUGGCUGAUAAGAAACUUCUGAACAAGGUGAGUUUGGGUCAUCCUGCCAAGUGCACCUCCUAUAGUCCCAAUGGAGAGAUGGUUUCCAUCGGUAUGGAGAAUGGAGAGUUCAUCGUCCUGCUAGUCAACUCCCUCACUGUCUGGGGCAAGAAGAGAGACCGCAGUGUCGCCAUCCAGGACAUACGGUUCAGUCCAGACAACCGAUUCUUGGCAGUGGGUUCAGUUGAAAGUGCUGUGGAUUUCUACGACCUUUCUCUGGGACCGUCCCUCAACAGGAUUGGCUACUGUAAGGACAUCCCGGGCUCCGUCAUCCAGAUCGACUUCUCUGCUGACAGCAAACAUAUCCAGGUGUCCACCAGCACCUACACUCGGCAGGUGCAUGAAGUUCCCUUGGGGAAGAUUGUCACAGAGCAGUCUGCAUUUGAGAGGAUCACCUGGGCUACCUGGACCAGCAUCCUGGGUGACGAGGUUCUCGGAGUUUGGCCUCGUAACACAGAGAAGGCGGAUGUUAACUGUGCUUGUGUUUCCCACGCCGGUCUCAACCUGGUGACCGGAGACGACUUUGGCCUCAUCAAGCUCUUUGAUUUCCCCUGCUCCGAAAAAUUUGCAAAACACAAGCGCUACUUCGGUCACUCGGCUCACGUGACAAACAUUCGAUUCUCCUGUGACGACAAGUUCGUCAUCAGCGCCGGUGGCAGUGACUGCAGUUUGUUUGUGUGGAAAUGUCAGUGACAGUCCUCCUCCUCCUCCUCCUCCUCCUCCUCCUCCUCCUCUUCUUCUCCUUCUCCUGUGAUGCUGCACUCAGCUCUGUUGACGCUUCAGCCCCUUUACCUGAAACCACACAGGACAGGAAGUCUCAAGUCAAACUGCGUGUGAGCCGUGACCAGACACGUCACGUGAUGCUGACUGUACUGUAUUUUCUUGUGACGUAGUUCUUCUUGUAUAUUCAGAUGAUUUGAUGUGGACAUGACAAGCAGCCGGUGUUUUUUAGAUUUCAAAUGUUUGUGUAUUUACUUUUGUGUAAAAAGAUCCAAACACAGGAAGAGGAGUGCAGUUUGACCUCCUUCAGAGAACGUGUAGCUGUUAGAUGUAGCUGUUUCUGUUUGUCAGUACGUGCCUUUAUCACAAACUCUGACCAAACAUUUGAUACAACUUUAUUUAUACUGGUGGUGCUAUCAAAAUCAUCAUUUAGGGCUUUUUACAGAUAUGGAUGAUGAAUGCUGUCGUUGUUUUGUUUUGUAUCUCGUACUGUCUCAAGGUGAUGAUGAUGAUGAUGCAGUUAUGUUUUACUUAAAUGAAGUAGAAAACAAACAAAGGAAAGAUGGAUCUUUGAUCCCAGAUAUUUAAACUGGAAAUAAAAAAAAUAUAUGUUCUACCUCAACAUACAAUAAAGUGAAACUGAAUCAUAUUUAAGGUAGAAAAUAAAUAUUUGAUAGAAUUUACUGAGCAGAGGAAGACAGAGUGUGGACGACCUCUUUCUGUCCACCAGAUAGCGCCGUCUGUUGUCUCCCUGUUGUUUAAAUAAAACUUGAAGAAACUGAAUGCUGCUUUUGAACAUCAACGAGGAUUUAAAGGGAAAAACCAACCAAAAUGAUCCUCUGUUCUUUAAGGAACCUGUGCAACAACUCAAUAAUACCACUCGUGUUCUCGUAUCUGUGUCGACAUGUGUUUAGUGUAGUUAGAAGGUGCUAAAUGUAAAAUCCAGCAUGUUGGCGUCAAAAGAUAAACAUGAUGAAAGACGACAGAAACAAGAGAACUAAAUUAUUUUCUGCGGCGCAGAAGUAGGUUCUUUUUUUCCCGGACUGUAGGCCUCUACUCACCGCGGCGUUUUUAUUUAUUUUAUUCAUAUUUUAUUUUUGCGUGUGAUUAUUUUGCACAUCAACAUUUUUUAACUGUUGUUUUGGUCAUCAGUGUUUUGACAAAGAAAGAGAAUAUCACGCUGCAAAAAGUGAUGCAACAAGGUCCAUUUUUCUAAACUUUCACACCACCAGUGAAGGCAUCAGUCAGUCACGUUGUGCAGAACUGACAUCACGUCUCAACAUCCCGACAGUUGCAGACCUGUAACAAUUGUAUGAAUAAGUCAUGUUGUUUCUUGGUCACGCCAUCCGAAGGCAAAGGUUUAAUUUCAGCACUGAUGGGGAUAUGUACUAAGCAGGAACGUGGGGGGACCCUCCACCAGGAAACUUUUUGCAUGAAACACUUUAUUUCCUGCAUUCUGGUGAUUUUUUUGCACCAAUUUUGGGUGGAAAAGUCUUCAUUUAUGUCAAGAAAAAUAAAAUUCACUCAUUCAUCUGUAAUGACAUAGGUCAUUACAGAGAUUGAUGGUUCUCAAAAGAACCUACUGGAGAGCUCCCAGCCGAUCACAUUACUUGUGGAGUUCCACAGGGUUCAAUGUUGGGUCCCAUGUUAUUUUACUUAUUCAUUGUUGUACAUGAGUAUACGUUACAAACAUUUUAACAUCUCAAACACAGUUCAGGUCAACAGUUUAACCACAGUUUUAAAUCAAACAGAAGGUAACCAAAGCAACAAUACUGAUGCUUCACUUCGCUAAUUGGUUACUGAUUGGACACAUUUAAAAACGUGCAGUUCUUGGAGUCUGUUAUUUUUGUACACCAGAACAUUUUGUGUUAUUGUAGAUUUUAAAGAGACUGAAUCGUGAACGUCAGUAAUUUUGUAACAUUAAAGAAAAUGGUAAAAUGAAACUUUGGAACAGAUAUUUUCCCCCAGUGAUGUAACUGAAAUGAUGCUGAUAUUAUACUGGUAUGAUACUGGUGCUUCUGGUUUUGUGUACAGCAGCAGGUUGAUUUUGUAAAAUGAAAGAUGUUAGCUGUAACUGUGAGCGUUCUUUAGAUAGUGAGUGGAGCUCAGUUCAGUUCACAUUUAUUACAAGAUGGCCGCUGAGGCCUCCUCCACCUGUUUACAGCCUAAAGAAACAUGUAGUGAAAUCUUUUUGUUCCGUCCUCUCCAGAGACGCAUGUUUCAGAUGGACACCAGUUUAAUCUCUGUGUGUCCAGUAUAGACCACAGGAUGUGGUUAGCUUAGCUUUACACAAGUGACUGGAAGAAGGGAAACAAAUAAGUUUUAACCACAAUCAUCACAAAAACCUGCCAAGCUUAGCAAGUGUGAUAUUAUCACCAGUUAAUGACUUAGGCUAACGUUAGCUAAGCAAUGUUUGUAUUGUAAGCACCCAUUAUUUGUUGAUUGUAUUCUGUUCAAAAUUAUUUUAAGUUGUUUACCAACCUCCAAAUCAAAGACUUUCAUAGCUAAUGAGCUAACAUUUGUUAGCUGGGGAGCAUAUAUGCUAGCUGAAACUUUAGCUUGCUAGCUAACAGGCAAAUGAGGGGAAUAUUAAACCAGUAUAGUUGUAAAUCUUCUCCAGUGUCAGGCGCAUCAAAUGGAUAUCAGUUUCAUCUCUCUUCAUACAAAAUAAAUUUCCUCAGAUGGAGCUAGGCUAACAGUUCCCCCCUAUGUCCAGUGUUUGAGCUAAGAGCUAGGCUAACAGUUCUCCCCUGUACCCAGUGUUUGAGCUAAGAGCUAGGCUAACAGUUCCCCGUGUCCAGUGUUUGAGCUAAGAGCUAGGCUAACAGUUUCCCCCCUGUGUCCAGUGUUUGAGCUAAGAGCUAGGCUAACAGUUCCCCCCUGUGUCCAGUGUUUGAGCUAAGAGUUAGGCUAACAGUUCCCCCCUGUGUCCAAUGAUUGAGCUAAGAGUUAGGCUAACAGUUCCCCCCUGUGUCCAAUGAUUGAGCUAAGAGCGAGGCUAACAGUUCCCCCUUGCGUCCAGUGUUUGAGCUAAGAGCUAGGCUAACAAUUCCCCCGUCCUUCCAGCGACUGAGCUAAGAGCUAGGCUAACAGUUUCCCUGCCUCCAGUGUUUAAGCUAAGAGCUAGGCUAACAGUUUCCCUGCCUCCAGUGUUUAAGCUAAGAGCUAGGCUAACAGUUCCCCCAUGUGUCAAGUGUUUGAGCUAAGAGCUAGGCUAAUAUUUCCCCCUGCAUCCUGUGUCUGAGCUAAGACCUAGGCUAACAGUUUCCUCCUGCGUCCAGUGUUUGAACUAAGCUAGGCUAAUCAUGUCCUGUAUGCUCUGAAAUGCAUCUGGUCGUCUGACUCUGAAGACUAACGAGAAGAUUUCCCAAUAUGCUGCACUUUUCCUUUAAAAUUAAAUUGUUUAAAAUUUUCAUUCAUUAAAUUAUGUUUUUUUUUUUCCUGUUUGAUUUUCUGUAAUAAAAAUAAAUAUGAAACACAGAGACCAGACCUGCGACAUGCUGCUGCUGUUACAGUGAAACUAAAGAAAGGUGAUGUAUUCUGCAGAUUUUGGCUCCAAAAAAAAGAAAGAAAAUCUUGUUGGAUUUUUUUUUUCUCUGUUCGUCAAACUUUGUCAUGAAAUAAAAACAU